AUGGAAAAUCCAGAGUCAGAAGUUGUCAACUUCCUUUGGUCCCCCAGGAAUUCUGGAGGCAGAGGUACAAUCAGAUCAGCUGUGAACAGCUUACAUAGCAAAUCUAAUAGAGCUGAAGUUGUAAUAAAUGGCUCUUCACUGCCAGCUGUUGUUGACAGAAGUCAUGAAAGCAUUAAGCACAGCAUCCAGCCAGCUUCAUCCAGAUGGAGACACAACCAGACGCUCUCUCUGAGGAUCAGGAAGCAGAUUUUAAAGUUCUUGGAUGCGGAGAAGGAUAUCUCUGUCCUUAAGGGGACCCUGAAGCCCGGAGACAUUAUUCAUUAUAUCUUCGAUCGAGACAGCACAAUGAACGUGUCCCAGAACCUCUAUGAACUCCUCCCCCGAACCUCACCCCUGAAGAAUAAGCAUUUCCAGACUUGUGCCAUCGUGGGCAACUCAGGGGUCUUGCUGAACAGUGGCUGUGGGCAAGAGAUUGACACCCACAGCUUUGUCAUAAGGUGCAACCUGGCUCCAGUUCAGGAGUAUGCCCGGGAUGUGGGCCUCAAGACAGACCUAGUGACAAUGAACCCCUCGGUCAUCCAGCGGGCCUUUGAGGAUCUGGUGAAUGCCACAUGGCGAGAGAAGUUGCUGCAACGGCUACAUGGCCUCAAUGGCAGCAUCCUGUGGAUACCUGCCUUCAUGGCGCGUGGUGGCAAAGAACGUGUGGAGUGGGUUAAUGCUCUCAUCCUGAAGCACCAUGUCAAUGUACGCACGGCUUACCCUUCCCUGCGCCUGCUGCAUGCUGUCAGAGGAUAUUGGCUGACCAACAAAGUCCACAUAAAAAGACCAACUACUGGCCUCUUGAUGUAUACCCUAGCCACACGUUUCUGCAAUCAGAUCUACCUCUAUGGCUUCUGGCCCUUUCCACUGGAUCAGAAUCAGAACCCUGUCAAAUACCACUAUUAUGACAGCCUCAAAUACGGCUACACUUCCCAGGCCAGCCCCCACACCAUGCCCUUGGAAUUCAAGGCCCUCAAGAGCCUGCAUGAGCAGGGAGCAUUGAAACUGACUGUUGGCCAGUGUGAUGGGGCUACGUAA